ACUGCCGAAGAUCAUCUUCAAACCGCCCAAACGCGUAUAACGUUAAACUGAUAGAAACAGAGAGUUUACUACCUAGGUUUCCAGAAAGAAAUUGUUGGAAAUUUCAAUGCCUAUUUAAUGCUGUGUAAAAUAAGUCACAUCAGCAGCUUGCUUCACGGGGGAGUACAGCAGUUGCCAUUUUUGCCGUGUUUAAUCUCUUUUUAUACUUGCUUUCUCCUACGUUUGUUUGAAUCUUCGACUCGUUUUCUUGAUAUAACUACAUGUUGAUGUUCCCCUGUUCCUUACUGGCCUUCUUUCUUCUUUCGAUUCAAUUUCAUUGAUGGAAACACUUACAUUUUGAUGUUCCCCUGUUCCUUCCUUGCCUUCUUUUUUCUUUCGAUUCAAUUUCAUUGAUGGAAACACUUACAUUUUGGUGUUCCCCUGUUUCUUGCCUUUUUUCUUCUUUCGAUUAAAUUCCAUUAAUAUGGAAGCAUUUGACCUGAUUCUGCCUCUUCUCCAACCCAAGGCUCUGCGUUUCCCUUGCUUCGUCUUCCUUACUGCAAUAUUAUUUGCAUGGUUGGCCUCUCAAUGUAAUGGAAGAACCCCUUCGGAAGCGUGUGAAGUCUUCGGAUGCGGGAAUUACAGUUUUGAUUAUCCGUUUGGAAGAAAGGCCAGCGGCUGCGGUGACCCCAAGCUUCAGCUGGAGUGUGAUAAUGUGACGAAGAUGCCUCUAAUUAAGGUCGGGGUUUACGAAUACUACAUACUGAAACCCCUAAAUUACUCCCACCUGGGACCAUAUUCUUACCCUGACAUGACUAUAUUAUACAAGCAAUUACAGCAGAAUGUGUGCGCUCUAUCAGAGGGUAUUUAUGAUCAAUUCUGGAAUAGCUCCAGCUUUCAUAUUGGAAAGGGUUACGGAAAUAUAACCCUAGGGACAGAGUGCAAUAUCUCGUAUUCAAAGUCAGGCUAUUUACAGUGUAAUGAGCAUCAGUACUAUAAUUUGAGUCUUCCAGAGUUGAAGAAAGGUUGUGAAUCGGAGUUUAAGCUGCCUGUGAAAGAAAUUGACUUGGGAAAACCUCUGCCUCAGAUUAUAGGUGAAGGGGUCAAUAUAUCAUGGAAUACAAACGAAUAUUGUAAGGAUUGUGCAUUACAUCACAAACAUUGUGCUCAUCUUGACACCUCGUCUUUCUGCUACUGCCCUUCUACUUCAUAUUCACAAAAAUGCUUCUCCAGUGGUAAUUCCAAGGCUACCGCCAUUGUAGGUGCGGCCAUUGGAAGCGGUGUAUUAAUCGCAGCUGUAAUAUUGUUUGUGGUUUUCCGUCGAAAGAGGCCGCUGGCCUCCACGGAGCCCGAGCUUCGCACGGACAUGGAAUCUUCCCAUACGAAAGUAGAGCAAUUCCUUGAUGAUUAUGCUCGCGAAAUGCCCAGAAGAUAUUCCUAUUCUCAAUUGAAGAAGAUCACCAACAACUUUGCAGAUAAAUUGGGGGAAGGAGGUUUUGGUGUGGUUUAUAAAGGGAAAUUCCCCGCAGGUGAUUUGGUGGCUGUCAAAAUUCUUGAUCACUCAAGACAUAGUGAAGCUCAGUUUAUGAACGAAGUUUCAACCAUUGGAAGGAUCCACCAUGUCAAUCUGGUCCGCUUGAUGGGGUUUUGUUUUGAUGGAUUUAGAAGCGCGCUUGUAUAUGAGUACAUGGUGAAUGGAUCUCUGGAGAACUUCAUAUUUCCAGGAAAGAGAAGCGAAGGAAUUCUAAACGAGGAACAGCUUUAUUCAAUCGCUUUGGGCGCGGCUGGCGGAAUCUCAUAUCUACACCAAGAUUGUGAACAACGCAUAAUUCAUUUUGACAUCAAACCCCAAAAUAUAUUACUGGACAAGGAUUUCACACCCAAAAUAGCUGAUUUUGGUCUAGCAAAAUUGUGUGGUAGGGAAGAUGAUCACAUAUCAAUGACAACAGCUAGAGGAACGCCAGGGUAUGUUGCACCAGAGGUGUGGAAUACAAAUUUGGGGCCUGUGACGGAUAAAUCAGAUGUUUACAGCUUUGGGAUGCUUUUAUUGGAAAUUGCUAUGGGAAGAAAGAACUUAGAUUUGCAGGCGAGCCGAUCCAGUCAACUGUACCUUCCAGAGUGGGCGAUCAAGCUGAUGGAGAAUGGGCAGUUGGAGAGGAGGUUGAGAGGAAGUGGUGAAGCAGAAAUAGAAUGCAAAGAGAAGAAUAAAAAAAUGAGAAUGGUCAAAGUAGGAAUAUGGUGCAUUCAGUACAAUUCAACAGAUCGACCAAGUAUGAAGAAAGUGAUUCAAAUGUUAGAAGGAAAUGAUGAUAUUCGUCUGCUGUGUUGUGCAGAAAUGGCAGCCAUAUAUUUAGAGAGAGGUGUUAUGUUGAAGGCUUUUCCUUUAAUAGAGGACAGCGCAUGAGAACAGCUGUGUAAGUGCUGUGAGAAAUAGAUUACUCUUACUCUAUUUUCUACAUAAGGAUGUAGUUCUGUUUCAGCUUUUGAGAUUAAAGAGUUCAGUUGUAGUUUUGGUUUUGCA